CGGCGCGCAGGGGCCACAGUGUGGGGUGUGUUUGAACAAGAGGCACAGAAAACUUAGAAGCGGAUUUUGUCUGGCGUCUGAUCUGCAGCAGCAUCCGUCGAGAGCAUCAUGGCAAACAAACCACAGCAGCCUCCUCACCUCCACCUGGCCGAGGUCACUGCGUCCCAGUUCCUCGACAUUUGGAAACAUUUCGACGCUGACGGUAAUGGCUACAUUGAGGGGAAGGAGCUGGAGAACUUCUUCAGGGAGUUGGAGAUGGCCCGGAGAGGAGCAGGGGUGGACCCUUCAAACCCCACAUUCAGAGAAAAGAUGAAGGAGUUCAUGCAGAAGUUCGACAAGAACAAAGAUGGACGAAUUGAGAUGUCAGAGCUGGCCCAGAUUCUCCCAACUGAAGAGAACUUCUUGCUCUGCUUCAGACAGUUUGUCAGCUCCAGUGCUGAGUUUAUGGCGGCAUGGCGGCGAUAUGAUACAGAUCGCAGUGGCUACAUUGAAGCAAAUGAACUGAAGGGCUUUCUGUCAGACCUGCUGGAGAAGGCUAACAGACACUAUGAUGACCAGAAGCUCCAGGAGUACACACAGACUAUCCUCAGGAUGUUUGAUCUGAAUGGAGAUGGGAAGUUGGGCCUGUCAGAGAUGGCAAGGCUUCUCCCAGUCCAGGAGAACUUCCUACUCAAAUUUGAGGGUGUCAAGUUGACCACUGAGCAGUUCAAUGCCAUCUUCACAUACUACGACAAGGAUGGGAAUGGCUACAUUGAUGAGCAGGAGUUGGACGCCCUGCUACGAGACCUUUACCAGAAAAACAAAAAGGAGGUGGACUUGAAAAACCUGUCAGGCUACAAGCAGAGCAUCAUGAGCCUGUCUGAUGGAGGGAAGCUCUACCGUGGCGAGCUGGAAAUUGUCCUCUGCAGGGAGCCAAUUGCCUGACUCUUCCUCCUCUCUUGUUGUAUAUCUUCAUUUUCUCUGCCUGCCCCGCCCUGCUCUCCUGUGACCACACCCACUUUCUGCUGCCUGGCAACAUAUACCAGGUGCAUGUGCCAGACACCCCCCGCCCCACCCCAUCAUUGCCCCAACCCCUCCCCAAAGUUACAACUUCAGAAUGAAUGAUAAGUGCACUGUCAGCACACACAGCUCUUCUUCCUUGAACCCUUAUUUUCUGCAAUCUGACCUCUCGAUCCUAACCAUGACCUGUCUGAUACCUCUAGCUUUUCACCUUCUCAACUCUCCCCGAUGUCCUUAACUAUUUCUGACCUCAUCCCUACCCAUGCUGUGCCUGACAUGCAACUCCUGACCAAAAGCCCAAACCCAUUAUUCCACAGAAAUGACCCUUUGACCUGAACCUUGACCCCGGCUUCAAUGAUCCCUCCGUUCCUUCGCUCUUCCAUCUUUGCAUUAGAUACAAUAUAUAGUCAAUCAAAACUGCAGACAGCUGUGUUUGAAUUUGUCUAAUUUAUAGUCUGUGAUGGAACUGGUAUUGAUUGUUCCACCUCUAUUUGUCCUGAAGCCCUCUUGUUCCAUUGCCAUAAUAUGAUUUACAUUUUCAAUGUUUGUUUUUGGCUGAUUCUGUCAAUUGAAAAUAUUAAUAAACUGUACUUAAGAUAA